ACACACCCGGUAGAAAAAUGAAGGCUCUGGUGAUUCUGGUCGCUGUAUCCUGUUGCUCAGCACAGCUGGUGCUGCCGUACGCGGCGCCCUGGGUGCUGCCUCAAGCGAAGCUGAUCACUACUCCUGAUGUCAAGACUGACCUCAAGACCGUUCCUUUGGUCUCCCCUUACGCCCAUCCCUUCGGACAUCCCUUCGUGGCUUCCCCCUAUGCCUUCCACCACGCUGCCUACCCCUAUGGAGCUUACCCCUACAUCCUCAACGCCGACGAUACUCUCAAGGCCACAGAGUUCCCUUACAUUUACCAAAAGCCAGAACAGGAACCAGCUGUACAAGAGGCUCGUCGUCGUCGUCGCGACGUCCAGAUCCCCCUCCCAUACCUUCACGCCGUGCCCACCGUCACCAAGCACACUGUGGAGACCAAGCAGUUCGAGCCGAUCGACGCCAACACGCCCGCCGACACUACCAAGAUCGAACUCACCACCAAGGAGCACGAUAUCUCCGUGCCCGCUGUCAAGUACGUGCAGCCCGUGGUCAACGUCAAGCCCGUCACCUACACUGCUCUCUCCCACGCCGUUCUUCCCUACGCCCAUGGCCUUCCUUAUACCCACGCCCUUCCUUACACCCACACCCUUCCCUACGCCCACGCUCUUCCAUACGCCCACUAUCCUGGCCUUGUCGGCGCCCCCGUCAUCAAGCUUGACGAGGAGUAACUCCAACUUUUCUGUCGUCCUUAAUCUUCCUAA